AUGGUGGUGAGGAAGGGUGGGGAAGGAGGGUGUUCUCUUUGCCAGAGGCAGGGGCCACCUGGCGUGAACCCUUCACGUAUAACCUUCUCUCACUUCUCUCGCUUCCCCACUUCAACCCAGUACUUCUUGUUUGAAUUUCAUGAGACCCGGCUUCACCUCCAGGACUUGCUGCUGGAGAUCGCGGUGAGGGGGGUAGGGGUGAGAGGUUUCCGUCAGAGAAGGGGAGAUGCCGAAGCUCCAGGACUAACGCCACUUCCCCAGGCUUUCCAUUCUCAGACCCUCCCCUUUAUGGCCACCCGGAUAGGCACCUUCAGGAUGGACCUGGGCAUUAUCUUCGACCAGCCAGAUGGCCACUUCUAUCAGAAAUGGGCUUCUCUGCACGACCCCCGGGAUACACGCGCCGGGACCAAAGGCUUCGUCAAGGUCACUUUGUCCGUGAGGGCGCGCGCAGACCUGCCCCCUCCGCUGCCACCCCCGGGCCCAGGCCACAGUUCGGACAUUGAGAAGAACCUGCUGCUGCCGCGUCAGCUGCCAGCGGAGAGGCCGUGGGCGCGGCUGCGAGUGCGCGUGUACCGCGCCGAGGGGCUUCCGGCGCUGCGCCCCGGCCUGCUGGGCAACCUGGCCCGCGCCCUGUACGACCAGCGCGUCCUCAUGGACCCGUAUGUGCGGGUGUCUUUCCUGGGGCAGCAGGGCGAGACGUUGGUGCGCGGCGAGGCGACGGCGCCCGAGUGGAACGAGCUGCUGAGCUUAGUGGAGCUCUUGCCGCCGCUGACGCGCGGCCUUCGUCUGCAGCUACGGGACGACGCGCCCCUGGUCGAUGUGACCCUCGCCACGCACGUGCUGGACCUGAGGCAGAUCUCGCAUCCGGGCCGGGCGGCUAGUGACUUCCUUUCCUACUUCAUGGAGAAAAUAGAAGCCUCACCUUCCUCCAUCCAGUCUACUGCCUUGCCAGCUUCUGCAACCAUCUGCUCUCCUCUUCCUGCUACAGCAGAGGAGGUGACCUGCUCCCAAAGCCACAGCUGUGAUCCUGAUUUCAUCUCCUCUCACCUACUGGAAGAAUUAGCUCUGCAGUUGUCCACUUUCUCUCCUGCAGCAUCAACUGUCACUUCCAUCUUUGACCUUCACUACCCUGGAUUCCAUAACCUGCUCCAGAACCUGUUGGCAAAGCAAGGACUGCGGCUCCUUCGGGGCCUGAGACAGGGCAACGUGCAAGAGAAGGUGGCACUGGCCAAGAAGCUCCUGGUGAAACUGCGCUUCCUAGCCCAGGAGCAGGCACCUGGGGCAGCCAAGCUGGAGCUCUUCCUGGGGCUGGAGCUGGGCAAGCAAGCGAAGGCCUGCACCUCAGAGCUCCCCCCGGACCUGCUGCCUGAGCCCUCGGCUGGGCUGCCCCUCAGCCUGGACCGGGACGACUUCAGCUACUUCCAGCUCCGGGCUCACUUGUACCAGGCCCAAGGUGUGCUGACAGCAGGUGACAGUGGGCUCUCGGACCCCUUUGCUCGAGUCCUCAUCUCUACCCAGUGCCAGACCACACGGGUCCUGGAGCAGACGCUGAGCCCCCUGUAGGAUGAACUCAUGGUGUUUGAUCAGUUAAUUGUGGACGGGAAGAGGGAGCACCUGCAGGAGGAGCCCCCACUAGUGAUUGUCAAUGUCUUUGACCACAAUAAGUUUGGCCCCUCUGUGUCCGGCAGGACGCUGGCCACCCCAAGGGUAAAGCUGAUGGAGGACCCUUACCAGCGUCCUGAGUUGCAGUUCUUCCCCCUGAGGAAGGGGCCCCGGGCAGCCGGGGAGCUCAUCACCACCUUUGAACUCAUUGAACUGGACUACAGUAGCCAACUUGAGCCCUCAGUGCCCAGUGAUGUGGAGCCCCAGGACCUGACCGCCCUGGUUGAGCCCCUCUCCAGAUGCCUAUCCCUGCCACCGCACGUGUGCCCGGUGCUUAGGGAGUUCCAUGUUGAGGUACUGUUCUGGGGUCUGAGGGGCCUUGGCCAUGUGCGUCUGUUUGAGGUGGAGCAGCCCCAGGUUGUGCUGGAGGUAGCCGGUCGGCGAGUGGAGUCCGAGGUCCUGACCAGUUACUGUGAGAACCCCAAUUUCACUGAGCUUGUCAGGCAUCUGACAGUGGACUUGCCAGAGCAGCCUUAUCUGCAGCCCCUCAGCAUCCUGGUGAUUGAGCGCCGGGCCUUUGGCCGCACAGUGCUCGUGGGUUCCCACAUUGUCCCCCAUAUGCUGAGAUUCACACUCCGGGGUCAGGAGGAUCCCCCUGAGGAGGAAGGAGAGGAGGAGACAGGGGACCUGGUGCCCAAGGCACCUCAAGAACAGAGGUCCCGGGAUCCCUUCUUGGCUGAAGUGGGGAUACCCAGGCGGCUCCUAAAGGCUCCUCUGGAGAAGCUCCCUCUGGGAGGCCUCCUGAAUCAAGGCCCAGAGCUGGAGGAGGACAUCCCAGAUCCUGAAGAGCUCGACUGGUGGUCCAAGUACUAUGCACUGCUGCAGGAGCUCCAGGGGCAGACCAACUUUGAUGAGGAUGAAAUGGAUGAUGCUGAGGAUUCAGAUGGGGGCAACCUCCUUUCUGUGGAUGGGGAAGCCCAAGACCAGGGUGAGGCUGAAGUCAAAGGCUCUGUGUCCCAGAAAAAAGCCAUCGCCACUCUGAAGGUUUACAACAGCUCCCUGGAAGAAGAAUUUAACCACUUUGAAGACUGGCUGAAUGUGUUUCCCCUGUAUUGAGGGCAAGGGGGUCAGGAUGGAGAUGGAGAGGAAGAAGGGUCUGGAAACCUUGUGGGCAAGUUCAAGGGCUCCUACCUCAUUUACCCUGAAUCAGAGGCAGUGUCCUUCUCUGAGCCCCAGAUCUCCAGGGGGAUCCAAUAGAAUCAGCCCAUCAAGCUCCUAGUCAGAGUAUAUGUUGUAAAGGCUACCAACCUGGCUCCUGCGGACGCCAACAGCAAAGCAGACCCCUAUGUGGUGGUGAGCGCUGGCCAGGAGCAGCUGGACACCAAGGAGCGCUACAUCCCCAAGCAGCUGAACCCCAUCUUUGGAGAGGUCCUAGAGCUCAGCAUCUCUCUCCCUGCUGAGCCAGAGCUGCCCGUGGCUGUGUUUGAUCAUGACCUCGUGGGUUCUGAUGACCUCAUCGGAGAGACCCACACUGAUCUGGAAAACCGAUUCUAUAGCCACCGCAGGGCGAACUGUGGGCUGGCGUCCCAGUAUGACGUGGACGGCUACAGUGCCUGGCGUGACGCAUUUCGGCCUUCACAGAUCCUGGCAGUGCUGUGCCUACCCUGUGGCCUCCCCCCACCUGAAUACUGAGCCGGGGCUGUCAAGGUGGGCAGCAAACUCUUUCUGACACCGCCAGAGACCCUGCCCCCAGGUAGUGGGGACUCCAAGGUGGCAAGUGAGGUCCCUGAGGAGGCCCAGGCAUUGCUGGUGCUGCGGCGCUGGCAGGAGACGCCUGGGCUUGGGAUCCAGCUGGUACCUGAGCACGUAGAAACACGGCCCCUCUACCAUCGCCGCAGCCCAGGGCUGCUGCAGGGAUCCCUUCAUAUGUGGAUUGACAUCUUCCCCCGAGAUGUGCCUCCCCCACCUCCAGUUGACAUCAAGCCUCGGCAGCCAGUCAGCUAUGAGCUCAGAGUCAUCAUCUGGAACACGGAGGAUGUAGUUCUGGAUGAUGCAAACCCACUCACUGGAGAGAUGUCGAGUGACAUCUAUGUGAAAAGCUGGGUGAAGGGGCUGGAGCACGACAAGCAGGAGACAGACGUUCACUUCAACUCUCUGACAGGGGAGGGGAACUUCAACGGGCUUGUGUUCCGCUUUGACUACCUGCCCACUGAGCGAGAGGUGAGCGUCCGUUGCCAGCCUGGACCCUUUGCCCUGGAGGAAGCUGAGUUCCGGCAGCCGUCUGUGCUGGUCCUGCAGGUCUGGGACUAUGACUGCAUCUCCGCCAACGACUUCCUUGGAUCCCUGGAGCUGCAGGUACCGGACAUGGUACGAGGAGCCCGGGGCCCCAAGCUCUGCUCCAUGUGGCUGGUCCGGGACGGGGCCGGACCGAGGUGUAAUCUGUUCUGCUGCCGCCGCUUGCGGAGCUGGUGGCCUGUAGUGAAGCUGCGGGUGCCGGAGGACGAGGAGCGGGAGCAGCAGGAGGCUCAGGAUGGCAAGAAGAAGAGGAGGAAGAGGAGGAAGGGCCGGCCAGAAGACUUAGAGUUCUCAGGCUCAGGAGGCAACGUCUACAUCCUCACGGGGAAGGUGGAGGCAGAGUUUGAGCUGCUGACGGUGGAGGAGGCUGAGAAACGUCCAGUGGGAAAAAGGCGCAAGGAGCCGGAGGCCUCGGAGAAGCCCAAGGCCGCCCCAAAACCUCCUUCAACUGGUUUGUGAACCCGCUGAGGACUUCCGUCUUCUUCAUCUGGCGCCGGUACUGGUGCAUCCUGCAGCUGCUGGCGGCGCUGAUCCCUGUCUUGCUCCUUGUCUUCUACACCAGGCCUGGCCUGAUCAGCCAGGUCACCAUCUGCCCCCUCCACCGCCCCUAACUGACCUUGGACACUCAUCCCAUAAUGCCAGCUCCUCAACUCCUGCCCCUGGUGUCCUUCCCACCAACAGGAACCAUCCUGGCGUUCCCUGCUUUCUCUGUGUAAACCUUACGGGGUGUCCACUCUGUCCCCUGAACCCAUACUGCAGAUAAUAAAUGAC